UAUUUAUUUAUUUAAUUAAUUUUUGUUUUUUGUUUUUCUCAAUCCCAUUUAAUUCCCAUUGAAGUGGGUUUUCGUGUGUCGUUUUAUUAUUCGUCGGCGGUUCCGUUCGUUCGAUCAGAACCUUAAUUCCUUUUGUUUGUUUGAUUCAUCGAUCGAUUAGAAUCACGAGUGGCAAUUUCUAUCUAUCUAUCUCUCUCUCUCUCUCUCUCUCUCUCUCUCUGUCUUUUUUCUUUCAUGUUCAUUCAUUUCAUCAAAUCGUUCGGAAGAAAAUUAUCUGUCGUUCGUUCGUUCAUUCGUUCAUUCGCUCGUUUUAUCGUUAAUCGGAAUCAAUUUUUUUCUGUUCGUCCGUUUCAUUAUUUUUAUCGUCAUUCAUUUCUCCUUUUUAAAUUGUGUUGAAAUUAACCAUCAUUAAUACCAUAAGUCUCAUUACUCUUUAAAAUUGCUAUCAAACAGCUUUCUCCUUGUCCUUUUAAAACAUGUUUCAUACAAAUACAAGACUUGUAAAUACUUGGGAUAAUUAGCUUUUAAAACGAAGGGAAAAUCUUAUCGACUUUGUCCCGUUAAAUCCCUAAUACCGAUAACUUUGAAUCAUUAAGAAUACUCCUUAAGAACAGUGCUUUUACUUCACGUUACUUCAUAUAUGUACUUCGUUCUUGCAACUCGUUCAAACUCGUUUGAAAAAUAUCUAACCGGUCGUUUGGAUAUAUUCAAGAUCGAUCGUUGAAUAAUUUAAGAAUCUACUUGUUUCUAUCGAUCAUCAUUUUUGCUUCGAUGUUCUUAUUCAAUGAUUCAACACGUAUAUGCUAUACAUACACGCAUCAUGCAUAUAUAAUUUUGAUAUGAAAAAUGAUGGUACAUAUAUAUAUAUAUCACAUAUACAUUUUUUCUUUGCUGCGCCACAUAAAUUGAAAAAGAGGCAAAUUUAAAGGGCUGAAUAAGCGUAAUAAAAGUCGAUACGAAGAUCAAUAGUAAUGUAACAUUCUCGAUUCGCUCCCUCUUUUCCGAUAGUAAUCGCGAAGAAAAUUAGGUGUAAUGUACGUGGAGACGCGUACACGUGUACACACAUAACCUGCUUAAUCAUGAUACAAUCAUACAUGUAUAUAAUUUCGUUGUAAAAUAAAUUUAGAGGCGAAUUUAUAAGGGUUGAAUAUCAUUUAAGUCGAUACGAAGAUCGAUAAUAACGUUACUUUUUCGAUUUCGCUUUACCCGCCGGAUAGUAAUCGGGAUCGAUCGGUUAGAAUCGGAAAAGAUCGAGAGCUACGGACAACGUGCGUGCGUGCGUGGUGCGUGCGUGCGUGCGUGCGUGCGUGCGCGCGCUCGCGCUCGCGCGCUCUCUCAUCAGGAAAGAAAGACGGAGAACACUCCUCCCGAGCAGUCUCUCGCGACGGUGUCAAGGUAACAGCCGGCGGAAACAGGUGGUGAGCUAUAAGCCGGUCUCGCGUCGCUUCCUCGUCGUUCACCUCGUCGUUAUCGUCGCGUUAUCGUGCUCCGAAAGGAGGAGGGUCCCUUCCUCCGGAGAGGAGGACGCUCGCAAGGUCGCUCAAGUCGAUCGAUCGAUCGAUCGUCCGAGCGUUUAUCGAGAUAGAUACGGCGAUUACGCCGUAGGAGCAAUCGAACGAGAUGAGACCCGACGAGGUGAUACAGACAGAGCGGAGGGCGGCAGAGACUAUGUCGGAGACGUCGGAGGGUACCGCGACGAGUAGCAUCUCCGGCAAGUCCGGUUUCGAAAGUCGCGAAGAACUUCGAGAUCUUGCGGCCGUCCUCGGGAUCGCUAAUCCAGAGGAUCUACAUCAGGAUCGUUUCCGCGUUGAUCGACGAAAAUUAGAACAAAUGUUACAGGGUGACAAUGAUAUGCCAAAAGCAGCGGAUACGUUUUUUCACAGUGUUAUGGAAGAAACGAAUACCUUUGUAAUGUGGCCGUCGCGUUUGAAGAUCGGUGCAAAAUCGAAAAAAGAUCCACACAUAAAGGUCGCAGGUCGUCCAGAUGACGUGCGAACAGCUAAGGAGAAGAUAAUGGAGAUUCUAGACACUAGGCAAAACAAUAUAGUGACCAUGAAAAUGGAUGUCAGUUAUACCGACCAUUCACACAUUAUCGGAAAGGGCGGACUGACGAUUAAACGAGUGAUGGAGGAAACUGGAUGCCACAUUCAUUUCCCAGAUAGUAACCGCAGUAAUCAUCAAGAGAAGAGCAAUCAAGUUUCCAUUGCUGGAGAAAUCGAUGGCAUUGAGCGUGCCCGUGCACGAGUUAGGAAUCUUACACCGUUGAUAUUCUCCUUUGAAUUGCCAAUAAUGGGAGCAUCACAACGUACUCCGGACGCCACUUCGCCUUAUGUUGUAAAGAUUCAAGAGAAAUACAACGUUCAGGUGAUGCUACGUACCAGACCGAAAUUGCACGCCACGUUGGUUCUCGUCAAGGGUUGCGAGUGGGAAGUUUCGCAAGUAAAGGAGGCGACCGUACUCUUGAUUCACUAUAUGUGCGAAAACUUAGCUAGUCAAAUUCAAGUACAAAUGUCGAUGGAGAUAUCGCCGCAUCAUCACAGUAUUGUUCUUGGUAAAUCAAGUAGCAAUCUUAAGAUGAUAAUGCAGAGAACAUCGACACAAAUCAUGUUUCCCGAUGCUAGCGAUCCGAAUAUCCCUAGUUUGAAAAAAAGCAAUGUUACUAUCAUCGGUGGUAUUCACAAUGUUUACUUAGCCCGGCAGCAAUUGGUCGGAUCUCUUCCGCUGGUACUCAUGUUCGAUGUCCCGAAGGAUUACAUGUCGUCGAUCGAUACAGAAACAAUUUCACAAUUGAUGCAAUCCCUCGACGUGUUCAUAAACGUGAGGCACAAGCCAAAGCAAAGUACAUUUUCCGUGAUUAUCAAGGGAAUCGAAAGAAAUGCCAGCAACAUUUACGAAGCCAGAAAGCAACUUCUUGGCUUGGAGGAGCCAAGAGUUAAUGCUGAAAUACCGACCACUUAUCACAUUCCAAAUGCUGGCAAUAUUUUUCAAGGAAACGCCACGAAUGGUAACGGUACGAAUACUAUGAGUUGUGGUAUACCGGAUAGUUUGUCGAACAUGUUGACCGUGAACACACAGAAUUUACCUUGCUGUGUUUCUCCUAUGUCACAUUCACCCAAUCCAAUGGGUCUCUCGCCACAUUGGAGUUUACCACCGAUUCCGUCCAUGUUUUCAUCGUUACCGAUUCAUCAUCCAUAUCCUUACGGGCACUUAAAUCACCUGCUAACGACGCAGCACAUGAUGCACAGCAACAUGAUGGCCCAUUCUCACGGACUGUCGAAUCAUAUCUUGAAUGAUAUUGGACAAAUUCAUCCUACUUUAUCGACAGGCUUGCAUGGAAUUCAUGGAAUGGCAAACAGCCUGUCAGAUAGCAAGGAAGGCAGUGCUUACUCCUCAUUGAGCAGCGUUUCAAGCUCUUUGUCUAGUCCAGCUAUUAGCCCUAGAAAUUUAUCACCAGUGAAUCCAACAGUGACUAAUCCUAAUUUAGACUUGUCGAGUAUGCUGUCAGAUCUUUCGGUGUCCGAUCGUCGAGCACCAGGUUGUGAAAAGAAAUCGUUGGAGAUGGCCGCCCAACAGAAUCUUACGCCUUCCGAUUACGAGCAGAAGAAGAUGAUGGCCGUUCUAGCUGUACAAAAUAAACCAAACACUUCGGAGUAUCGAGCACCAACGUCGACUUGGUCAGGUUAUGGUCUGAGUCAGACUAUUGCUCCGUUAUCAUCGACUGAACUAAAUAAGGAGUUGUCUUCGUCUGAUCCAUUCUACUUAUGGGAAGAACCAAUGACACCUGUGUUAAAUACAUGCAUGGACUUUGGUAUCGGCUCGAAUAAAGAUCGAAUCGGUCAAAUCGGUUCGACUUCGAAUUACAUGGAUCACACACCGACCUCGCAUUUAAAAAAAAUCACAUCUCAACGAUAUACCGAUCUUGCUAGUAUGUUAACAAGCGUUGGCCUUGAGAAAUAUAAUCGCCUGUUCACGUCGCACGAAGUGGACAUGGCUACGUUUCCAUCACUGACGGAGAAGGACCUCUGCGAGAUCGGAAUAAGUGCUUGGGGUGCGAGACGUAAAAUAAUGCUAUUGAUUUCGGAAAUGAACAAACGAAGUAAUCCAUUUAGCGGUAGCGCUGCACCAGGUGCGGAACGAAAAGCAACCGCAUCGACAGCGGCAUCCACUUCGCUCGAGAAAUGCACGCUCGAUACCAAAUGGUAAAGGAAGAUGCACGUGAAGUAUAUUAAAAAAUAAAAGAAAAAAAACUAUAUAACACAGGUAACACAAGUAACGCGGACGUCAUACGUAAACGAUAAUAUCGUAUGCGUUAAGAAAACGACCCGGAACUAUGAGACAGGGUAAAAAUCAAAUGAAAAAGAAAAAAAAGAAAAACAGAAAAAUAAUAUUCCAAAUUCGAACAUACGAAAAAAAAAGAAUAGAUACGAGGGAGAAUUAAAUUUGGACGGACAUGAUUCGUCGUUAUUUGAAGUAUAACGAUGAGGAUCAAAUUCGAUCAUAUAGGAUCCUCCUAGUUGGUAAAAUAAUAUAAUUUCAAGAAGACGAAUCUAUCCGACUCGGCGGAGAAUAGCACUCUGACCGAAAGUUACGAAAAAAAAGAAAGAAAGAAAGAAAGAAAGAAAGGAAAGGGAUUUAAAAACACGAAGUGAAAAGAAAAGUUAUAUAAUAAUAAUAAUAAUAAUAAUAAUAAUAAUAAUAAAAUAAUAAUAAUAAUAAAAUAAUAAUAAUAAUAUCAUAUAAUAAUACCGUCAAAACGACUCAACGAACUUGACAACGAGUAUGGAAAGGAAAAAAAAGAAAGAAACAAAAAGAAAAAAAAAACAAAUCAUUUUGCAUGUUUAUUGUAAUUUCGUAUUUCGUCUAAGGGUACCGGGAGAAUAGGCUGAUGAUUUAUUAUUUUUGCGUGCCCGAGAGAAGUAUUUUGGCCAGAACGAGUCCUCUAAAAAAAAAAAAAAAAACAAACAAACCAAAAAAAAAAAAACAAAAAAAAAUAAGAACAAAAAAAACAAAAAAAAAUAGUCCCAAACUAACCCAGAUAUCUCCUCCCUCGUGCAAUUUAACCCGCCGCCCUGCUCCUCAUCCUCACUCAUCUUCCCUCUCCUUUAUUUUUUUUUUCUCGCCAUUUUCUCGGAGCACGCGCCCCGACGGUGCCUCUUUAGGAUUAAGUAGAUGAAAUGAUCGUUAUAUACUAUUUUUUUUUUUUUUUUGUUAAAUUCACUAUUAUCUUAUUUUCUCUUUUUUUUUUUUGUUAUUGGCGGUCUCCGUCGAAUCGAACGAUACUCCGCGAGAUCGAGAAUCGUUCGAUUCGUACACGUUUGUCGCGUGAUCGAGAAAGAAAGAAUGCGUGCGUCGAGUCUUACGUGUGCAUGUACGUAUGUAUAAUGUGUGAAUGUGUAGAUAUGGGAGUGUGUGUGUAUGUUUAUGCGCGCGUAAUAUAUAUAUAUAAAGUGGAAGAUUUUUUUUGUACGGUGAACGGGUGAUGAUGAUAAUGAUCAUGGUGAUAAUGAGUUAGAAAGAAAGAAAGAAAGAAAGAAAGAAAGAAAGAAAGAAAGAAAGAAAGAAAGAAAGAAAAGAAAAAUAGGUACAGGAAAAAAAUACUAUACAAAUUUAUAUCAUAUUAUAUAUGUACGCACACACACACACAUAUAUAUAUACAUAUAUAUAUAGACAUAUAUAUGUGUAUAUAUGUAUGUAUACAUAUAAAUAGAAAAUAAUUAUUGAAUCAAUUGCAAGCCCGAAACGUCGACGACUAUGACGAUCGGGUUAAUAUUUAAAAAAUAGCGAGGCUUCGAAAUAAUUUUUUUCUUGUUGCGAGCGAUGGUGGCGGGAGGCAUUAGACUAUAUUUUCUUUAGAUAUUUUUUUUUUUUCUUUUUUUUUCCCCCUUAUUUUUUUCUCCCUAUAUAUAAUAUCUCUCUCUCUCUCUCUCUCUCUCUCUCUCUCUCUCUCUUUUUUUCUCUAUCUAUCUAUCUAUCUAUCUAUCUUUUUUUUUUUCUUAUUGCGUCCAGCGACCUUUCGUCGUAGCAAAGCUAAAAAAAAAAAAAGAUAUUUAAUUCAGACUAAGCUCGAAGCAAGCGCGAAAGCGCUCCUUCCCGACGAUCGUUAUCGACUUCAAUAAUAUUUUUUCAUCAUCUUUAUUUCUCUCUCUCUCUCUUUUUUUCUUUUUUUCAAAAAAUUGAAACAACAGAAACAAAAAAAAGAUAGACGAAAAUGAUAAUAGCGAGAUUCACCGAUAGAAUAAUGCGUUCGCGAUCGAGGAAGCUUUCCUUUUUUUUAUUUCUUUUUUCUGCAGGCUUCUCGAUCGUUGACGUCUCUCAGAUCCUUUUUUCUCUUCCUUCCUUUUUUCGAUCGUCGAGACGGAGUGCGGCAUACGCUCUCUCGAGUUUUACAAUGUAACAAAGUAUUUAUUAUUCGCUCGCGAAAGACGCUGGAUUCGCAAGCCGACCGACGAUCUUCCGAGGAAUCUUAUCUUUUCUCUCUCUGUCUCUGUCUCUCUCUUAUUAUAUUAUUAUAUCGAUCUAUCGUAACUAUCGAAAAAGAUUUUCGAUAGUUUAUUCGAUUGAAAGAUCGUAUUACAAUGAUCGAUCCUCAAGCAAGCUCACAAAUAAUAUAUUUUGCUAAUUUUCAAGCAUUGAUAAAUUACAGUCGAUCGAUUGUCGCGAUUUUAAAGAGGAAUGAAAAGAAAAAAAGAAAUAAAAAAUUGAAAUCAUUCGACGGCAAUCAAUCAAUUUCAUUGUUAGAAAACGUUAAUGAUAAAUUAAAGAGAGAAUUCUCGAGAGUGAAUUCGGGCGAGGCACUCUUUUUUUUUUUUUUUUUUUUUUAUCUUUUUCCCCUUUCGUGAUAUCGUGCAUCCCUAGCGAAAUUACUUUGACUUAGCCUUUUGUGAAGUCCUUUUAAGCGUAAAUUAUUGUUGUCCUUACGCCGUGAUCGCGUGCUUAUAAGGAUUACCGAUAGAUUAUUAAAUGAAGUUAAGGAAAAAAGAAAAAGAAAAAAAAAAGAAAAAAAAGAAAGAAAAGGAAAGAAAAGAAAAGAACGAUGGUAAAGCUUAUACGGGAAUAAAGCAGGAGCAGAAAAAAAAAAUAAA